GACUUGAAGCCUAGCAACCUUCUCAUCGACCAGCACAGUCACUUGAAGCUCACUGAUUUCCGUUUGAGUAGGAUUGGUCUCCUUGGUCGUCAAACGCGCGAACCCAUGGACAUGGGUAUGCGACAUCGCACAAGAUAUGAUUCACGUUCGCGACCACUUUCAAUUGACUCCGGCUUUCUUUCAUCACCCUUACUUUCAACCGAAAUGAUUGAUGGAGGUUCAUAUUUUAACCAGGUAACACAUCCGCCAUCACUCACAUCGACUGACCACCGGCUUGGCUUAUACUCGCGUGGUCACACACCCCCGGGGGAGCAGAAGUUUGCUGGUACGCCAGAUUACCUUGCUCCAGAAACCACUCUUGGCCUUCGUGGAGAUGCUGCUGCAGUGGACUGGGUUAGUACUUCAUCAUUGCCUUGUGCAUUUUCACGUUGCUAA